AUUCCAAAGUUUCUCCUUUUUUCACCCCCACAUGCUUGCUAUAGUUGCUUCUCUCUCUCUCUCUCUUGAAGGCCCAAAUUAACAGUGUUGUUGAGAACUAUAAAGCCAAACCUUAACUUGUAGUAACCGUGCUCUUCCGUGGUUUUGCCACGCUCUAUAAUUCUCUUCCAUUGUCUUGUGUUCUCCUGCAAGGCUGCUACCACAAAAAGGUUUUUCGGUCAAACUCAAAGGCUUAACUUAACAGAAUCAAGAAUGGUAAAGCAGAGUUAAGCAAAGCAAGAAUGGUGAGAGAGCAUAACAUUAACAGUGGAUGGCCACCAAUAGGGGCCCCACUGAACGUGCAGAGAGAUGAGUAUGAUCAGCAUUGGAGUAACUUCGAUAGCUCUGUGAAUGCUGUUUCUUUUGGCUUUGUUGCCACUGCCAUUCUUAUUUCUAUGUUCUUAGUCAUGGCCAUCUUUGAGAGGUUUCUCAAACCUACCUCGCCGGCCCUCUUGCCGUCCGGUGGCUGGAACCGUCGUCGGAGCUCUCAGAUGGACUUCAAUGGGAAGCUUGCUCACCCAUCACCGAAAAUGAGUUUGUAUACCAGCUGGGUUUCAGUUUUAAUGCCUGGAGAUGUGACUCCUUCUUUCAUUGCUCACCCUGUGCCUGCACCAUGUUGCCCAGAACGAAUAUCAUGGCCUUCACAUCAACAUAACACAUUACCUUAUUCCACUUACAACACCAUGCCUAGUAUCAACCAAGUAUAAGAGAAUUCAAUAUGACAAGGUUCUGCAAUCUGCAUAUUGCAUGAAGGAGUUAAAUGAAUUUCAUGUGAAGAAUAGACUCUUAUGUAGGAGCUCUCUUCAUAGUUUAUUGUAUACCAUGUAAAUAGGAUUUAGUUUAGUGCAAAUUGGGUUUGGUAAUGAGAUCCUUCUCUGUCCAAAUGAUCCUCCUUAAAUUGAAGCUUUGUGGUUAAUCAGUGGUUCUUAAUGCAUGGAGUGUUGUGCACCAAACCA